UUCCUUUUUCCUUCUGCUUUUCCUUUUCAAUUAGAAUACCGAAUUGUGUUUUCCUGGGUCUUUAGCAUUAUCAUGAAUUCUUUCAGAUGACAGAGCAAAUGCUUAAGUGGCAGGUAUAUAGCAAGUAGAGCUAGCUGUCGUGCAGUUGGAAUUUUUGUGUUGUAUAUACAUACUGGCAUCUUUUUCUUCAGUGUGAUUGUGUUUUGGAUAAUGAACUAAAUUUAACACUGUUUCAGGAAGGAAACCACAUCAGGGAGCCGAGAAGUUGGUGGGAAGGACACAAAAGGAGAGAUACGGUUCUUAGAGGGUCCUUUUGCCUCCUAUUCUGUUUAAAGAUUGUAGCUGGAAAGGUGUGAAAUUGCUGAUCCCAGAAAAACUGCUGCUUACCUGGGUCUGAAUCCUGUGGUAACUGCAUGUGGAACAGGAAGGAGAUAGAGCUGCACCCAGACCCUUCUCAUGGGCAGCAUCCAGGAUAGACACUAGGCCACAUGGGUAUGGGGGGCCCAUGGGCUACAUUGGCCGGGAUGUUGUCCUAUAUCAUCUAAGAACACAAGGAAAUGUCGUCGGCAUCCAAAUCCUAACUGGGAAAAAACUGCAGAAAGAAUGCAAGAAGAGCAGGAUGUGGUGGCCAGGCCUCUGAUCCCAGCACCUCUAGAGGCUGAGGCAGAAGGAGGAUCCCAAGUUUGAGUUCAUUCAUGGCAGCCAGGAAGCAGAGAGAGAAAGGGGAGGGGGCCACGGGGAAGAUGAAUCCUUCCAGGAAGUGCCCCCAGUGACCCACUUCCUUCAGUCUUGCCAUGCCUGUCUAUAGUUAACAUUCAGGUAGUUCAUUUAAACAAGAAUGAACUGAUUAUGUUACAGCCCUCACAGUCCGAUCAUUGAACACUCUUGUAUUAACAUAGGAGCUAUCCAGACUAUACCCAAACCAUAACAGGCUGCCAAGGUUCUCUGCUGGGGUCCAGAAAAUCGCUGUUGCAGGAGAGGGGAGUGUGGCCAAAGGAGCCUUGAUCACUGCUGAGGCUACAUGCUCUACUCCAUUUUUGCUCUGAGAGGUGGCUGUUCAUCAGGCCUGGCCCAGGUAUGUUGCCCAUGCCUUUGAAGCAUCCUUCAGGCUGAGGUCUGUCACACCACUGUGGCAGGGCCUGCAAGACCAAUGAGCAGAAGAGAAGAGAGGGCAGGCUGCAGCCCUGCAGACAGACCUGUCUUUAGUCCUGGGGCUCUAGAGUGUUUCCUGCCUACCUGGUCCUGCCCGGGUGGGGUUGGUGGAUGCUCAGUGGUAUUCCUUCACCUCCUCAGCUAUGAAAUAGUGGCUUCCUGUUGCUGGCUUGUCUCCCCCCUAUGCUGCUAUAAGUCAGAAACAUCUUUGGAUGUUAAGUGUCAUACUGAUGCAAGGUUUUGUUCCUUUACAGCCCCCCUGAAUGUGGGGCACCUUCAGGCAGCCUUGGGCCUUUACUGUCAUCUGCGUCCCUGAGCAUGACCCUGCUUCUCUUGGUGGAGAGAGGGAUUGACUACAAGACAACCACCAUCCUGCUGGACGGGAGGCGUGUCAAGCUGGAGCUCUGGGACACUUCGGGCCAGGGCCGGUUCUGCACCAUCUUCAGGUCCUACUCCAGGGGCGCACAGGGGAUCCUUUUGGUAUAUGACAUCACAAACCGCUGGUCCUUUGAUGGCAUUGACCGGUGGAUCAAAGAGAUUGAUGAGCACGCACCUGGGGUCCCCCGGAUCCUUGUUGGGAACCGGCUGCAUCUGGCCUUCAAGCGGCAAGUCCCAACCGAGCAGGCCCGUGCCUAUGCGGAGAAGAACUGCAUGACGUUCUUUGAGGUCAGCCCCCUGUGCAACUUCAAUGUUAUUGAAUCCUUCACCGAACUCUCACGCAUUGUUCUUAUGCGGCAUGGAAUGGAGAAGAUCUGGAGGCCCAAUCGAGUGUUCAGCCUGCAGGACCUCUGCUGCCGUGCCAUCGUCUCCUGCACCCCAGUGCACCUCAUUGACAAGCUUCCACUACCCGUCACCAUCAAAAGCCACCUCAAGUCGUUCUCCAUGGCUAACGGCAUGAAUGCCGUCAUGAUGCAUGGUCGCUCCUACUCCCUGGCCAGUGGGGCUGGAGGCAGCAGUAGCAAGGGCAACAGUCUCAAGAGGUCCAAGUCCAUCCGCCCGCCCCAGAGCCCUCCCCAGAACUGUUCUCGGAGCAACUGCAAGAUCUCCUAGCAGGCCAGCAGGCACCACUCUGCAGACUCGGGAAGGCUCAGUGGUGGAAGAGCGCUCCCGGGCAGGAAGACUUGGCCACACAGCCUGUUUCGGAAGCGUCCGGUUCUCCUCCACACCCAGCUAGGUGGAGGGGAGAGCACACUCCAUGGAUGAGGCCCAGGGGCCUUUGGGUAGCUGGGCUGCUGGUGCUACGGAGAUCCUGGUCUGAAUCAACCCCAGACUCCAGGCUGCCUGGGCUUGGGCCAGGAGGGAGCCUGGCUCCCCUUCCUUAUUUAUAUAGAGAACAUUUUGCCUGUUUUGUACAUUUUUAAAAAGGCUGUCAGGGAAGAUGGAUGCAUCUGUGCGGUGAGCUUGCCUCUUCACGCCACAGCACCCAUGAGGAGGGCCCAUACAUCUGGGGAAAGAGGGGCUUGAGGAGUGAUGGCAGGAGGUGCAGUCGGAACAGGAGUUCUUUAGAUUUACAUCAAAUUUGCCUGGGGUGUUGGCACUGCCCAUGCCAGUGAGAAACAGGGUACCCCAGAAGCUUCUGGCAGAGGUCUUGGCCCCAGCGUAUAACUCUGGAGAUCAGUGUGCUGGGCAUAGGCAAGGAUGUGUGACUUACAGGAAAGGGGAGAAGCAGGGUGUGAGGGGACCCCCCUCAGCCACUCCAGGGUUCCUGCUUGUUAUAACUGAGCACCCUCAGUAAUACUCACUACAUAGAUCAGGUCUCCAGGUCAAGGAGAUCUAUAGAGCCUUCUGUAGAUCUGCGAGUGACACUGGAGUGACACUGUUGGCAUCUGAACCUCCAGACACUGCCAGGACUUGUUUUCCCAGCAGCUCGUUCUCAUCUGUGGUGCCCUUUUGCCUGUGAGGUCACAUGCUACUGGAACCUCUUUGACCUGUUUCUUAGUGGUACUGCCUGGACAGCAGCCUUGUCUGCACCUUGGGCCCCUCUGGAGGACCUCCCAGCAGCCCUUGUGCCGGUGCACAGUGUCCUUAUCCUCACCCCAUGAAGCCAUGGCCUGGUCUUUCUCAGUGCUGCCCCCUUGCCUGGCACCCCCACCCUCGGCCUCACUGGUGCUCAACUCUACCUCCUGCCCUAGGGCCCCAGCCACCAAGGAGCCCUCCCUGGGCUGGGACCCCUCUCUCUGGGUCCUUCAUAAUGCACGUGGUACAGGACAGUCCUGCUGCAGGUAUUUCAGGGCACCGGUGGACAUGCAGAUGCAGCACCGUGGCUGUACUGGGAGAUGGCUCCUGUGCUGGGGAGCUUGUGUCAGGGGUAGCUCCACCAUCUCCCAACCCAGCACCCCUGUUGCUGCCAGCAAUGCCCUUUUCUCUGGAGUUGUGAACAGAGCUACACAGACUUCAUUUUGAGGAGCUGGACAGUCCCACGUGCACCAUAUCAACACUACCCUCACUGCUGCUGGACCCUGCAUUCCUGUGUCCUUUGAGCUGUUCUUCCGUUUCUUUGUACAGUAAAUGUAAUUCAGCUGUG